UGGAGCAAAGCCGGUGCCAUUCCCAGCUGCCAUCGGAGCCGCCUCGGUGACUCAGCAGCCGUGCUGAAAGCUCCCUUAUUUAUUUAAACGGCUGCUCCCGCUUGGCUGAACAUCCCCUGCAGCGAUGCUGCCGCUGGGCCGGCCUCAGCCGCCGCUCGGCGGGGAGAAGAACGAUCCCCGGCACCCCAAGUCCCCCGGUUUGCUUGGGACGCGAUGGCUUUGACCACCUGGGCUCUCGGCUCCGCGCUGCGGCUCUGUGCCGCCGGCCCUGCCAGCGACUGGGAGAUGCUGCACGUGGCUGGAGCAGGUGUGUGCGGCUGCUGCGGUGCUCUGCGUCCUCGCUACAAAAGACUUGUCGACAACAUCUUCCCUGAGGACCCAGAGGAUGGGCUGGUGAAGACCAACAUGGAGAAGCUGACGUUUUAUGCCCUGUCUGCCCCAGAGAAGCUGGAUCGCAUUGGUGCCUACCUCUCCGAGCGGCUCAUCCGAGAUGUGAGCCGACACCGAUAUGGGUACGUGUGUAUUGCCAUGGAGGCCCUGGACCAGCUCCUGAUGGCCUGCCACUGCCAAAGCAUCAACCUCUUCGUGGAGAGCUUCCUGAAAAUGGUGGCGAAGCUGCUGGAGUCGGAGAAGCCCAACCUGCAGAUCCUGGGAACUAACUCGUUUGUGAAGUUUGCCAACAUAGAAGAGGACACCCCAUCUUACCACCGCAGCUACGACUUCUUUGUCUCCCGCUUCAGUGAGAUGUGCCACUCUAGCCACGACGACCUGGACAUCCGGACCAAGAUCCGGAUGUCUGGCAUUAAAGGCCUGCAGGGAGUGGUGAGGAAGACGGUGAACGACGAGCUCCAAGCCAACAUCUGGGACCCGCAGCACAUGGACAAAAUUGUGCCCUCGCUGCUCUUCAACUUACAGCACGUGGAGGAGGCCGAAAGCCGCUCCCCCUCCCCGCUGCAAGCCACCGAGAAGGAGAAGGAGAGUCCUACAGAGCUAGCGGAGAGGUGUCUGCGGGAGCUGCUGGGCCGAGCGGCGUACGGCAACAUCAAGAACGCCAUCAAACCCGUCCUCAUCCACCUGGAUAACCACUCGCUCUGGGAGCCAAAGAUCUUUGCCACUUGCUGCUUCCGGAUCAUCAUGUACUCGAUCCAGCCGCAGCACUCCCAUCUUGUGAUCCAGCAGCUCCUGGGGCACCUGGAUGCCAAUAGCAAAAGUGCGGCCACUGUGCGUGCGGGCAUCGUGGAGGUCCUGUCAGAGGCAGCGGUAAUCGCAGCCUCUGGAUCUGUCGGCCCCACGGUGCUGGAGGUAUUUAACACCCUGCUGAGGCAGCUGCGGCUCAGCAUUGACUACGCGCUGACGGGGAGCUAUGACUGCGCUGCCGGUGUCAGCACCAAGAUCAUCAAGGAGCACGAGGAGAGGAUGUUCCAGGAGGCCGUCAUUAAAACUAUAGGGUCCUUUGCCAGCACACUGCCCACCUACCAGCAGUCUGAGGUGAUGGUCUUCAUCAUGAACAAGGUGCCACUGCCCUCCUCGCAGCAGUCCAUCGAGGCUGGCAAAGCUGGAGAGAACCGGAAUCGGCUGACGCAGAUCAUGCUCCUGAAGUCCCUCCUGCAGGUCUCUGUGGGCUUCCAGUGCAGUAACAUGCUCACAGCCCUUCCCAGCGCCUUCCUGGACAGGCUGCUUUCUGCAGCCCUCAUGGAAGAUGCUGAGAUCCGCCUCUUCGUCCUGGAGAUUCUCAUCAGCUUCAUCGAUCGCCACGGGAACCGGCAGAAAUUCUCCACCAUCAGCACCAUUAGUGACAUCUCAGUCCUGAAGGUGAAAGUGGACAAAUGCUCGCGCCAAGAUACUGUCUUCAUGAAGAAGCAUGGCCAGCAGCUCUACCGGCACAUCUACCUGAUAUGCAAGGAGGAAAGCAACGUGCAGGCUCACUACGAGGCUCUCUACAGCAUGCUGAUGCUCAUCAGCAUCGAGCUGGCUAAUGAGGAGGUUGUAGUGGACCUCAUCCGCCUGGUGCUGGCUGUGCAGGAGAUUGCCCAGAUCAAUGAGGAUAACUUGACAGCAUACAACCGGUGCGCGCUCUUUGCCCUCGGUGCAGCUUACCUGAACCUCAUCAGCCAGCUCACCACCGUGCCCACCUUCUGCCAGCACAUCCAUGAGGUCAUCCAAAUGCGGCAGAAGGAAGCUCCCUAUCUGCUCCCUGAAGAUGUCUUUGUGGAGAAACCUAGACUGAGCAAGAGCCUUGACCGCCUGGGCCCAGAGGUCUUCUUCUGGCAGAGCAAGAUCAGUGAGGUGCUGGGUGGCAGCGGCUACAACUCGGACCGGCUCAGCACACCCUACAUCCCCCAGCUGACAGAUGAAGAUCGCCUGUCCAAGAGGAAGAGCAUUGGCGAAACCAUUUCCCUGCAGGUCGAGGUGGAGUCGAGGAACAGUCCUGAGCGAGAGCAGAGAGCACCAGCAGAAGAAAUCACAUAUGAGACACUGAAGAAAGCAAUAGUAGACAGUGUUGCCGUGGAGGAGCAGGAGCGGGAACGGAGGCGGCAAGUGGUGGAGAAAUUCCAGAAAGCCCCAUUCGAGGAGAUCGCUGCCCACUGUGGUGCCCGGGCGACGCUGCUGCAGAGCAAGCUCAACCAGAUCUUCGAGAUCACCAUACGGCCACCGCCAAGCCCCUCCGGCACCAUCACAGCCGCCUAUGGCCAGCCCCAAAACCACUCCAUCCCAGUGUAUGAGAUGAAGUUCCCGGACCUGUGUGUGUACUGAAUGUGGCUGUGCUGGUAGGGUAGAGCCACCGCUGCACAGCUCGCACCAAAGGACCUCUUGGGGAGAGACUGCUGACCCUGUGAGGAGAGCAGCCUCCUGCAGGACGGGUGGGGACAAGGAAACUGGGGCCACCCCAAGAUUCAUUGGCACCACAAACCCGUACUUUAUUUUGUGACCCUCUGCCUCCGCAGUGAUGUUUUGCAGCGGUUUGGUGGUGCAGAAGGCUCAGGGCACAGCUGGCACGGGGAGGUGGGGAUUAGCUGUGACCCUCUCUGGUUUUAUUUUUUGGGAAGGGGAGAGCAGAUGCCCUGGCUCCAGGCGCAACACGUAGGGCAUGUACAUCUUCCCGGCAUAAAGCAGACCUGUUCCAUGGGGAAUCCCUCCCCACCACGUGGAGAGCCCCUGGCAAGGGCAGGGCUGGAGCCUGGAGGGUGUGAGGCUGUAAAAGGCAGGAGGGGGUCUGGGGUGCGGCGUGCUGGAGCCUGGGACAGCCCCAAAACCAAAGCCUGCCUGAGCCGGUGCUUGAGGCGGGUUGCUAGAGGGGUAGGGUCCCCACAUCCAGCUCCUAGCCUGUGAGCUUGCAUCUUCCCGUAGCCCCCUUGUUGCGUGGCCGGUUUCCCUGGGCGCUUCGUGGUGCCCCAGCGCCCUGGAUGGAGGCUUUGCCCAGUGCAGCGUGAGAGUGCUGAUCGUCCCAUCCCAGUGUGGGGGCACACAGCAGCCUGGCUGGUUCCAGGUCACUUGAAAACAUGAUUUUUUGGGGAGAAACCCCCACCCCCCUUUUUUUUUUUUUUGGCAGAAUCCACAAGAGCCAUGCCUCUUGCCCGGGUCACUGGCAGGCUGCUCACACAACUGAGAUCGCAGGCAGCACACCUGGGCGUGCAGUGGGGCACCUGGAGCGGUGACACAAGGCACGAGCAACCACCAUGCUGGGGAAUAUUAAUGUAUUAACUCACUGGUUUCAUGGGUUUUGGGUUGGGUUUUCACAGUUGUGGGGUUCCUGUCUCAAAGAAAGAAAUGAUUGUUGUUUAUUUUAUUUGGCAGAAUCACUUUGACAAACUCAAACCUUAAUCAUAAUCACAAAGAAACCCCAGUGCUGCAGGACAUAGUGGUGAUAAGAGGUGUUUUAGAGGGUCCACCCUGCAGACCCUGCACCUGGCAGGCCAUGGAUUGCGUUCCUUGUGCAGUAGGAUAAGACUGGAUUUGGGCUGGAGACAGGUGAGGCUAGAGUGAGUUUUGCUUUAGACACAUGUCGUAGGAAAUUCUGCAUCCUAGCAAACCAAAACUGCAACGUCAAGGUGAGAUGGAGAGGAAAGAUGCCUUGGGUGUAUUCAGAUGUUCACAGGGUCUGCCUUGCUCCCAAAUGCCUUUAAGUGCCACUGCGCUAACGCUGUUGGCAAGGUGAACUUUUGGGUGCACUGCCUGCCGCUUCCCCGCUGUCGCCCCCUGAGCAGCCUGGGGGUCUCCUGUGAGCUCGGGCAGCCCCUUCCCAUCUGGCCAGACGUGCUGCUUCUGUCUUUGCCACGUGAAGAGCGCAGAAAGGGCUAAAGCUGGACAUGUGGGAGCUGCUUCUGCACGCUGUGGAGGGAAUGGCAGGUGAUCGCAGCCGCUCAGCAUUUGUACGGGCUCGGCUGGGUCGCUUCAGCCAUGGCCCAGUUCUCUGCCAAUUCUUGCUGCAGAUCUUCAGGCAGUUAUUUUAAGCUGUAAUUACACAUUACCACCACCACCCCUUUUUUUUUUUUUUUUUUUUUUCUCCCCUCAGUGGCAGAUACAGUUCAUGAUUGCUCUGAGGUCACUGCUUGUUUGUGUGGUUGUGCUGUAAUCCGGGUUUAGGAAAUGAUCUAGCUUAAGAGAACAGGAAAAACAAGGGUUUAUUUUGGUCCCUGAGUGGAUCACAGCACUGCCCCGCUCACAGAGUGCCUCUGCCUGUGCUAGCCCUGCCUGGUGCCUGAGGCUCUCCCCUUGCUGCUGCUGCUCCUCAGGGUCCUCGUGUGUCUCCGUCCCCUGUUCCCGAGCCCAUUUUGCUCCCUGGGUUGUGCCUGGUCCUGCUGAAGCCUGAGUUUUGGCUGAGGCAGGUUUUGGGGUCAGCAGUGGGGAUGUGAAGCCGACUGCUUCGGGAAGAGCAUUUUGCUCCCAUGGCUGUUCUAAUGAAAAGCACUAAAAUUUUUAACAAAACACAGUAGGAAAAACUAUUAAUCCCCAAAUAGCGUGUCUGUGGGAAAAACACCUGCAAAACUUCUCAAAACCACAAAGGUAGGAAGAUGAGCACAAGGUUUGCUCACACAGGGACACCACACGGCACAUCUUGGCCCCUGCUCUGGGGAGCUGGACUGUGGGUUAUCCCUGUGGAGCAGCCUCCAGUCCCAACACUUUUCCCUUGCUCAGCUCCAUGGGACAGUGCAGCGUAGCCAGGACCAUCGCCUCCCGGCUGGCUUCAUCCCCCAGCAUGUCUCACCACAGCCCCUCCACAUUUUUGGGACCCAAACUCCACCUGUAAAAUGUCCACCCUCCGCCGCCCCUGUGGUGUAAGUGACCUGUUUGUACAUCACGUUUAGUUUAGAUACUUGUGUACGUAUAGAUGACAAAGUAUAUUUCUAUAAAGUCGUCGGUUUAGGUGCAUGUGUGCGUUUCCAUCUCUGUAUUUCAGAGCACUGUGGCAUUUCUGUGUGUAGCCAAGGGUGGGGGAGGGGGGGAACGAGUUGUUAAAAGGGCCAAGAAGCCGUUGAUAUUU